AUGUCUUCAUUCAAUCCCUUAACUUCUAUCCUGAAUCAAAACAAAUUAGAAAGCCCUAACUAUGUGGACUGGAAACGUAAUUUGGAUAUUGUUCUUACUGCUGGGGGCUUUAAAUUUGUGUUGGUUGAGGAAUUUCCUGUUAAGUCAGAUGAACCCACUAAUGAUGAGAUUAAAGCCUAUGAUAAGUGGGUCAAGGCUGAUGAGAUGGCAAGAUGCUACAUUCUUGCCUCUAUGGCAAAUGUGUUGCAGCAUCAACAUCAGUCCAUGACUACUGCCUAUGAUAUGCUUGUAUCUCUCAAAGAGAUGUUCGGUGUUCAAAAUCGUACUGCAAAGCAUACGUCCAUGAAAGCUUUUUUAACCACAAAAAUGGUUAAAGAAACUUUGGUAAGGGAAUAUGUUCUUGAUGCAGUUAUUGAUAAGGAGUCUCAGGUUGAAAUAGUCCUACAGACUCUGUCAGACAGUUUUCUGCAGUUUCGCUUGAAUUAUAACAUGAAUAAGAUGGACUUAUCUCUUGGGAAACUAUUGAAUGAGCUACAAGCAGCAGUAUCUAUCAUUAAGCAAUAA